CCCGUAUCUCGCUACGUAAUUUGUGCCCAGCCCGAGACCAUCAGCUGCAUCUCUUCUCUUACUUCUUACCUGGUCGGUCCAUCACGGCCGCUUCUUUCUCCUCUCUGUUUAUCGCCUCUUGCUACGGUGCCUAUUCUCUUAUUUUCCUCUUGAUUUGUCGCCUUGGUUUAUUUCGGCGUCUCCUUGAAGCUCCGGCCUUCUACGUCUUACAUCGCUUACUCGUAACUCUUACUUACAACAUCUCCUCUCUACAUACGCCCAACAUCUCCUCCCGAUAUCCCGAUAUUACUAUCAAUCAUGGCCAAUUUGCCUUCAAACGUCCAUGUCUCGCAGCAUCCCAGUCUGCUGGCUAAGCUCAGCCAACUGCGAUCUCAAUCCGCCAGCCCCCGAGAUGUCAAGUCCUUGAUCCACGAAAUCUCAUUAAUCAUCGCUUGUGAAGCCAUCAGCACCGCCAUAAAACCAGCCGAUGGCCCCAAGGACAAAACUCCCCUAGGCUUUGAAUACACAACUGUCGUCUCUGAACCCAGCAAUAUCUGCAUAGUCCCAAUCCUGCGGUCUGGCUUAGGCAUGGUUGAAGCUGUACAAACCAUGCUCCCAGCCUCAGUACCCAUCCACCAUCUUGGCAUGUACCGCGAGCCCUCAACUCUCGACCCCGUCGAAUACUACAACAACCUCCCCCGACAAAACUCCUCCUCGGGCCCCGAAGGAAGCAAGCUCGCUAUUAUUGUCGACCCCGUCAUCGCUACUGGCGGUACGUGCGCCGCGGCCAUCCAGACCUUGCGCGAAUGGGGUGCCAGGAGGAUCCUUGUCCUGUGUGUCCUGGGAGCUUCAGAAGGUGUCCAGAAGGCUGCGGCGGAGUGGCCUGAGGGCACGGAAAUUUGGAUCGCAGGUGUCGACAAGGAAUUGACGGAUGGCGGCAUGUUGAAGCCCGGCCUAGGUGACGUUGGGGAUCGCCUGUUUUUGACCAUUGGCAAAUAAUCACCAAACCAGGCGGCUAUCGAAGGAACAUCAUGGGCAACGAGAUGAUGAAUCGGUUCUUGGGUAUAGCGAUAGAGAUGGUGUUCAAUAGGCAUAGGCGCAGAGAAAUUCUAUUCUGGUGGC